AACCGCAAAGUGUUGUUAAGUAAAAAAAUCUCCAAAAUUCUAAUAAAUUAUCCCAGUAUUAGAAAAAAAAGAAAAGAAAAAGGCUUCAUGCAGGCGAACGAAUUCGAUGGAAACGCGGCCUUUUCCGGAGGCGGAUUCAUGCCUUCUCAGGCUACCCAGACCGCCCCUGGUCGUCCCUCCUCUUCCUCGAAAAUUGUGCUAGUGGGGAGGGUAUCCAAGAUAGACAAUGCUGUUUCAGAUUGCACUUUCAGAGUUGAUGAUGGCACAGGAUGGGUUGAAUGCACCAAAUGGAUUCAUGAACAUGUAGAUUCAGUUGAAGUAGAUGCGAUCUUGGUUGGAAUGUAUGUUCGUGUCUAUGGCCAGUUAAAAAGCAUCCAAAGUAGAAGGACUGUACACACCUUUUCCAUUCGGCCUGUUACUGAUUUUAAUGAGAUUGCAUACCACUUCAUUGAGUGUAUAUAUGUUCAUUUGUACAACACAAAGAUGCAGGGAGGCAUGACAACUCAGCCUCAGGUGACAAAUUCAAGUCUAGGCUACCUGGUACAGGGCUACCAAACUAACCUGUCAAAUCAGUUUUCUGGCCAGUAUAACACUGAUGAACUGAACCUCGGUGUUAAUUCACUUGUCUUAAAUUACUUGCGUCGGCCAGCAUCCCUUGCAUCUGAGACUGGGGUAAGCUCUGAUGUUGUGGCUCGAGAGCUAAAUAUUCCACUGGAUAAAAUCAGGAAAAUUUUAGAUUAUCUUGCGUCAGAGGGGCUUGUUUACACAACAACUGAUGAUCACUACAAAUUUACUGAUGCCUGAGGUAUGUGAAUGUGAUGUACCAUGUAACAGGAAACAACAGGCAGUCAUUAGAGCCAAAGCUUUUGUUAUUUCGUAGUACCAACCCCCUGGUUUUGGUUAUACAUAUAUGCAAGUGUGUAUCAUGCAUAUUAGAAAACAAUGCUUUUGCCAGAAAAAGACACUGGUUUGGGGUUUGAUAUAAAUAGAACAUAGUGAUCUAGAUGAUCUUUGCUUUGAUGAGUUCCAUAGCUGGUGAAACUGUAAGCAACAUUUCCAUUCUUAAAAUAGUAUGUUAAGUUCUUAACCAAUCUUAACUGGUGUGUGUUUUCAAAUGUUAAAGACUAAAGUGUUUAUGAAUUUAUGAAUUUUCUUUCAAAAAAACAUUUUACAGUAUUUUAUUUAAUUUUUGAAUCAAAUCAGAAGAUAGACCAUUGGUAAAAUUGCACUUUUUUGAACAUGGAUGAUAAUACAUAUGGAAAUGAAAAAGAAUGAAAGGGAAAAAUAGAAAAAAAAGAUAGAAAAGGUCAUGUGAGAGGUGAUCAUGAAGAAAUAAUUAAAAAUAAGCAGCGAACGUGAGGAAUGAUUCGUUUCAGUGACCAUAAAUUUUAAUUUAAGCAUGAAAGAGUUUUGACCGGAGACAAAAGGGCCAUGAAUCAAGAAAGACAACCCAUUUCUUUAUUCCUUAUAUAUAUGUGGUUAAUUAUAACAGUGGGGCUAUAGUAUAG